UAAAAUCUUUCUCUUUCUCAAUCUCUCAACUACAAGUCUACUAUUUAUUCUACUUCACUAGAACUUCAUCUUUUCUCUCUUAGUUUGAUUUUCAGCUCAGAUUCAUUUUCAUUGUCUAUUUACUUAUCAUCAAACAACAUAAUCCAAUUUUUUCUGUUUCCAACUUUUUUCCUACUUUUGGAAGAAGGGUGUUUUGGAUAUGAUUAAUUAAUUAAUUAGAGAGAAAUAAAAGAAAGUCUUGUUUGGGAAUGAAUGAACAAUAUGGCUUCUCAUGAACCUCCAAUAGGUAGUAGUAAGCUUCAAAAUAUGUUGCAAGCUGCAGUGCAAUCUGUUCAAUGGACUUAUAGCCUCUUCUGGCAACUUUGUCCACAACAAAUGAUUCUUGUAUGGGGUGAUGGAUAUUACAAUGGAGCAAUUAAGACAAGGAAGACAGUGCAACCAAUGGAGGUAAAUGCAGAGGAAGCAUCUCUACAAAGAAGCCAACAACUAAGAGAACUGUAUGAAUCAUUAUCUGCCGGAGAAACAAAUCCGCCAACUCGUCGGCCUUGUGCUUCCUUGUCGCCAGAGGACCUAACAGAAUCUGAAUGGUUCUACUUGAUGUGUGUCUCUUUCUCUUUUCCUCCUGGUGUCGGGUUGCCGGGAAAGGCAUACACGAGAAGGCAGCAUGUGUGGCUCACGGGUGCAAACGAAGUGGACAGCAAAACAUUUUCAAGAGCUAUUUUAGCCAAGAGUGCUAAUAUACAGACUGUGGUAUGCAUUCCUGUAUUAGACGGCGUUGUUGAGUUCGGCACUGUAGAAAAGAUUCAAGAAGACCUUAAUUUCAUCAAACACGUGAAGAGCUUCUUUGUAGACAAUCAUUCAAUGCCGCCAAAGCCAGCAUUAUCAGAACACUCAACCUCUAACCCAACUUCUUCAACUGAUCACAUUCCCAUCAUCAUGUACACCGUGGCAGACCCACCCAUGACAAAUCCUAACCAAGAUGACAUGGAUGAAGACGAGGAAGAGGAAGAAGAAGAUGAUGAAGAAGAAGGUGAAGUUGAAUCAGGAUCCGACAAUGAAAUAGGAGGUCGUAAUCGACGUGCAACUUCAAUGACACCGAUUGUGGAGCCAAGUGAGCUUAUGCAGAUUGAAAUGCCUGACGAUAUUCGAGUCGGAUCACCAAACGAUGGUUCGAAUAAUUUGGACUCAGAUUUUCAUUUGCUAGCAGUGAGUAACCAAGGAAACCCAUCAGGUCAAGUUGACUCUUACAAAACUAUGUCGACACGGAGGUGGGGUCCAAUUGAAGACUCGGUACAAGUUCAACCGCCAUCUUCAGUGCUUCAUCAUCCAUUAGAAGACUUAACACAAGAAGACACACACUACUCUCAAACAGUAUCAACCAUUCUCCAAAACCAAUCAACAAGAUGGAUCAAUUCACCUUCUAUCAACUACAUUACUUACUCAACCCAAUCAUCUUUCACCAACUGGACCAAUCACAACUUCCACGCGCUGCCGCCGGACUCCAACACCUCGCAAUGGCUCCUCAAAUACAUCCUCUUCACAGUCCCAUUCCUUCACACCAAAAACCACGACGAAACCUCCCCCCAAACCAAUGACACUUCCGGAGGACUCAACAAUGAUCCCUCCGCUCGGCUACGCGGUAAAGGAGGACCGCAAGACGAGCUCAGCGCGAACCAUGUUCUCGCUGAGCGAAGACGGAGAGAGAAACUCAAUGAGAGGUUCAUUAUUUUACGAUCAUUGGUUCCCUUCGUUACGAAGAUGGAUAAAGCUUCUAUAUUAGGUGAUACGAUCGAGUACUUGAAACAGCUCCGGAGAAAGAUUCAAGAUCUCGAGACGCGUAACCGUCAGAUAGAAUCUGAGAGGAGUGGCGGAACCGUUUUGGUUGGUCCCACUGAGAAGAAAAAAGUGAGGAUUGUGGAAGGGUGUAGUGGGGCUAAUAGAGCGAAAGCGGUUGAGGUAGUUGAGAAGGAGGUUGUUGCGUCGGUUCAAGUUUCGAUUAUUGAGAGUGAUGCUUUGUUGGAGAUAGAAUGUUUACACAGAGAAGGUUUGCUGUUGGAUGUUAUGCAGAUGUUGAGGGAGUUGAGGAUUGAGGUUAUUGGGGUUCAGUCUUCGCUUAACAAUGGUGUUUUUGUCGCGGAAUUGAGGGCUAAGGUGAAGGAAAAUGAAGCAAAUGGGAAGAAAGUUAGUAUUGUGGAAGUUAAGAGAGCACUUAACCAACUUAUACCUCAUAACAUUUAGUAUAUGUUUGGAAUUCACACGAGUUCGGCAAAAUAAUGAUGGUACAAUGUGAUUCUGUCAAACUCGAUGUCAAUCCAAACAUAUACUUCGUAGCUAUGAUUUUGGCAUAUGUUAUACACUGGCUUAAUUAUAUGUACAUAAAAAUCUCAACUCAAGCCAAAUAUGAAGUAAAGCCUAGUAAUAAACAACAUUUGGAGAUUUGAACUUUCUACUGCUGCUGCACUGAUUAGAAGAUGAUGAUUAAGAGAAAUUAGGAAUAUGUAUUGUAUUUAGAAUCUUAAUUAGUGAAUUAAACUAGGUGAAGUUCUAUUUAGUGCAUGCUGCUUAAUUUAUGAUGUUGAAGAAUAAUUUGAAAUUGAUUUAGAAAAUGUUUGUACAAUUACUUUCUGAUUAGUAUAUAUGAAGCUUACUUAU